CUCAGGUCAGAGCUACACAGCUCUCCACAGCAACUGGACCCCUGGGGGAGACACUGACCAUACCAGCUCCUGCCGCAAACUCCUAACCUGUUCAGCCUGAGGGUCUGAAGCUCCCAGGGGGGGCUGGUCCUGUAUCUGUGUCUGCAGCUGUGAUCCUUGCAGGCUGACCUGAAGAUCCUUUAUAAUGCCGCUCUCAGGGACCCCAGCCCCAAAUAAGAGGCGGAAACCCAGCAAACUCAUCAUGGAACUCACUGGAGGUGGGCAAGACAGUUCAGGUUUGAACCUGGGCAAGAAGAUAAGUGUCCCAAGGGAUGUCAUGCUAGAGGAACUAUCAUUGCUCACUAACCGUGGUUCCAAGAUGUUUAAGCUCCGCCAGCUGCGGGUUGAGAAAUUCAUCUAUGAGAACAACCCUGAUGUCUUCUCUGACAACUCAAUGGAUCGCUUCCAGAAGUUCCUCCCCACAGUGGGAGGGCAGCUGGGCACAGAUGGUCAAGGAUUCUCCUAUGAAGGAGGAAGCAGCAGGGGCCAGAUGGGGAGCAGUGGUUCUGCUGGACAACAUGGCUCUACCCAACACCAGCAUCAUCAGGGCUCUGGGCCUGGGUCAGGGGGCAGAGGAGGCCCUGGGAGUCAGGCUGGUGGGGGAGGGGACAGCAGAGGAGGUGAUGGUUCUGCAGGGACAGGAGAUGCAGGUGGAGAAGGAAAACAUGUCACUGUGUUUAAAACGUACAUCUCCCCAUGGGAGAGAGCUAUGGGUGUUGAUCCCCAGCAGAAAGUGGAACUUGGAAUCGACCUGUUGGCCUAUGGAGCCAAAGCUGAUCUUCCCCACUACAAGUCUUUUAACAGGACAGCAAUGCCUUAUGGUGGAUAUGAGAAAGCCUCCAAACGCAUGACUUUCCAGAUGCCCAAGUUAGACUUGGGACCUUUGUUGAGUGAACCCUUGGUUCUAUAUAGCAACAGUCUCUCUAAUAGGCCUUCUUUCAAUCGUACUCCUGUUCCCUGGCUGAGCUCUGGGGAGCCUGUUGACUACAGUGUGGAUGUUGGGAUUCCCCUGGAUGGAGAGACAGAAGAGCUAUGAGGAGCUCCGUUUUAUCUUCAAACCUCAAGUUCCCCUUCCUAGAUCCCAAAUGAUUUAGGGAGGAAUUGCUAUGCAGGGCACCUCCAUCUCCAAGUCCAUGUGUUUGUGGGAAUGGGGGAAGAACAGAAGGAAGUAGAUCUCUCCCUUUAAUCCAUGUUCCCACUUGAAGCACCAUUUCUCUUGUCAUAGGACUCCCCUGCCAACUGUUCUGUCACAGGUAAUGCUCAAUAAACUUCUGCAAACAAA